UGGAUGCUCACAUCUGAGGAAGGCGGAGUAGAGGCGCGGAUGCACAAGUUUCGGCUUGGGAUAAGAGGUGCGGUUAACAGAGGUGAUUACGUUCCUGAUUUUCGAAAUCAAGACAUUGUUUUCUUCCCUAUAUUGGAGCACAAACACUUUUACUUGCUAGUGUUUGAGUUACGCGACCCCGGGAUUUAUGUCGUUGAUAAUGACAAAGCUCGACAAGGUCAGUUGAUAGAAGAUAGUGUCUACUACCUACACAAGGACACAGCGUAUAAGAUCAAAGAUAUGUUUGUGCAAUAUCUGCGGGAGGUUGGGAAUCCACGAGCCGAUGACAUAGAGUACUGCAACAUCCAGCGUAUGCCGGUUCCUUGGGCGACCACCGCAAACACAACUGAUUGUGGGGUCUUCUUGAUGCGGCACAUGGAGUGCUAUAUGGGGAAAAGCCAAAGUUUUAACUGUGGGUUCAGCACGAGUGGGGCGAGGAAGAUGGCGGAGGUGAGAAAGUUGAGAAAGAGGUAUGCGGCGCACAUAUUAUAUUCGGAGGUGAAUGUGCUGCUGCCCAAAAUCAAGGAGGAUUGCCGAAUAGAGUAACACGUGUUAGGGUGGUUAACACAUGUUACUGUAGAACCAUUGUGCAUUAAUUGCGCCAGCUAUGUUUUUGGAAACAUGUAAUGUACUUUGAUGGAUUUGGGGAUGUUGCUUUAAACUUAUUGCGGGGUAGGUGUUUUGUUGGGUAUGGCAUCGUCACGAUAUCUUUUUGGGGAUAGACUAUCUAUAUUCAAUAUGAUGUUUAGUUACUUGGUAAUU